UGGUGGCGCCAAGGCCAGGAGGGCAUCAUCUGCCUGGGGGACUGGUGGGAGCCUGGCGGUGUCCGUGUCUCCAGCCUGGAGGUGCCCCGUGCUGGGACAGGAUGGGGGACAGACCCACCAUGGCUGUCAGCACCCCGUGGUGAGUGGGGGUUCGCCAGUCCGGUGUGCUGCCAGCAGAGCUGGGGCGGUGUGGCAGGCUCACCAACCCCUUGCUGGGCGGUAUCCUCAAGUGUGGCCGCUCCUCUCCCUUCCUGCCUGCUUGCUGCCUGCCUGGGAAAGGAAGGAGAGGCAGGGCGGGGCCCUGCAGUGCACUCCCCCCCCCCCCCAUCCACUCCUCGGCUGCAUCUCAACUGGGCUCCAGCUCCAGCAGCACCCAGAGGCUGGGGCAGCACAGGGCACUGCCCACGGGGCAGGGGGUGCCACUGGACUGUGCCGGGGCUCAGCAUCAUCCAUGGAGGAGUGUGCCGGUCCUCCGGCCCCAUUCCUGGCACGUGGCCAAGCUCACCGAAAGCCGCCCCGACGCCCCUGCCAUGCACUGCCCCACUGACGCCUUCAGCCUCUCCUGGCCCUCAGGGUGUGAUGUCAGCGAGCUGUCCAUGCAGUGGAACCCGCUGUCCCGGCACUGCAGCACCGACCGGAGCAGCUCCAUUGGGAGCAUGGAGAGCCUGGACCAGCCUGGCCAGGCCUACUAUGAAGGGGACCCCUCACCCGUUGACCAGGGCGUGUACCACAGCAAGCGGGACUCUGCCUACAGCUCCUUCUCCGCCAGCUCCAUCGCCUCUGACUGUGCCCUCUCCCUCCGCCCUGAGGAGGCUGCCUCCGUCGACUCUGGCCUCCAAGGCCCCUGCAAGGUCCCUGACGGGCGCUACCUGACCACAGGGGCUGAGCCGCCUGCCAGCCGGCACUCCGAGGCCUGGCGGGCGCCUGUGCCCCCCCAGCCACCCGUCAGGAGGGACAGCCUGCGGGCCGCCCCAGCUGGUGGAGGGGACAGGCGCCGGGCAUCGGUGUCAGUGGACAUGCUGCACGCCAAGGGCCGGUGGAUCUCCGACACCUUUCUCUGCCAGCGGGACAGGGAGGUGGAGGCAGCGGGUGGGAGGACACCAGCGCCAUACUCCACGAAGGACCGUCUCUCUGCCGAGCAGUAUUACAUGCUGAGCUCCCAUCCGGACGAGUCCCCAGCUGAGCCGCUCCUGGGGAAUAGUGCAGAGCCUGGUGACCGGCUAUACCUGGAUGGUGGUGUGCACAGAGUGCCUGAUGCUGCAGUGGCGGGUGACAACCUGCUGCUCUCGCCGCUCAAGGGCCAUGCACCGCACCGGCACAGUGCUCCUGAGCAGCUGCUGGCCUCCCAGCUCUGCUCCCUCCAGGUGGGCACUGGCAGUGGGCAAGCCUCGCCAGCCCCCGAUGGGCACCGCUGGACCCUUUCCCCGUUGCACCCUGAGGGCAGCCGGCCGGGGGCCACAGGGGCUGCGCAGGACACCCCGCUCUGCCCAGAGCCAUGCCGCCGCCUGCCAUCCUGCCGCUGCUGCCCUGAGCCUCAGCGAGCCUGUGGGCAGGACGGGAGGGGUGCCAGCCCAGUGCGUGGCACCGAGGGGCCGGCAGAGGAGGAGAGCCGACCAGGGGGCCGGCGGGCUGGGGGUCCUCCCCACCGCUCUGCUCAGAUGCGCCGCCGCAGCGACCGCUUUGCCACCAGCCUGCGCAACGAGAUUCAGCGGCGCAAGGCCCAGCUGCAGAAGAGCCGGGGUCCUGGCGCCCCACCACCUGGCGAGGAGCCGGUGGAGGAGGCAGACGAGUCUCCUGAGGGCAACAUGCUGGCAGAGGGACCCCACCCCCCUGCUGAGCAUCUCAGCCCCAUGCUGAGUGAGGAUGGCAGGAACCCUGGCCACCUGGGGGCCCAGGGCAUCCCCACUCCUGACCCGCUGCCAGUCCCCAAAGGGCCCGCAUCCCCCGAGCGGGUGGUGCCGAUGGGGCGGGGCCGCUGGCGCUGGUCCCCGGAGCGCAAGCUGCAGCGACAGUGUUCACCCAACCCUGGUGAGCUGGAGGGCUAUGGCCAGGGGCCAAUGGCCCCCAGCUCCCCACCACGGGGUAGUGACGAGGCCGUCCUCCUACCCUUUGCUGACCGCCGCCGGUUCUUCGAGGAGAGCAGCCGGCCAGCGCCGCCUCGGCAGGGCAAGCCGCCAGCAGGUGACCCUGGUACCUUCCAGCCCCCUGGCCCCGAGCGCCGGGACGCCCGCCGCCUCUCCGUGGACCAGCCCUACGGCUCCCCCUCGCCUGGCCACCCUGGCUCUGCCAGCCCCUACACGGAGCGCUGCCGGGAGCAGCCCCCCUGCUACAAGCCCCUGGGGAGGCCAGUGGAGCUGGAGUACGUGCGGGGCUUCUCCUACCCCUAUGGGGGUCCCCUACGCCCUGAGCCCUGCCACUACUGUGGGGGGGACCUGUGCCCCCCGCCGCUGCCCCGUGGCCAUGCCUGCCGAUGCCACCCCAAGCCCUGGGCACACUGCCCUGACUGCUGCUGCCCGGCCCCCCACCCCGGGCGGGACGAGAGUGACGCCUGGCCCCCCCGAAGAGCUUUCACCCCGGAAUUUCCCCUGGAUGAGUGGGAGCCACCAGCGAUAACCAGGAAAGCCGGCCAGUCCAUCAGUGAGCUCUCCCGCUACCAAAUGGGCUUCCCAAGGCUUGGCCCCUUCCGCCCCUGCUUUGAGAGUGCUGAGGCAGAUUGGCCGUCCUGCUACCGGGCCACGUCCACACAUGACCUUUCAUGGGAUGGUGACUGCCUGGCUCACUCCCCUGAGAGCCCCCCGGACCCCUUGCACCGCCCGCUGCGGGGCAGAGCAUUCUCCGAGAGCCACCUCAACCUAGAGCCUGCCAGCCCCCGGGGCCGUGACCGGAAGGACAUUCUCCGUGCCAAGCUGGACCCCCCUGGCAUCCCCAAAAAGAAGGGCCCUCCACCUCCCCGCCCACCUCCACCCAACUGGGAGAAGUACAGGCAGCGACGGAUGUCCCAGCACCUGCCAGGUGGUUCUGGGCACAGCUCUGCCUUCACAGCUGCCCCAGUGCCAAGCCGCAGCAUUGCUGAGGCUGUGCGUGAACGGUCCCAGAGCCUCACCGGGGAGCAAGGGGGCCGGUCCCGGGUGCAUGCCGCUCACCCCCCCGCCCCACUGGGCUCCUGGCCCCGACCCGAGCCUCCUGGAUCACUCUGCAGGACGCCUGAGCCCGAUGCUGGUAGCACAGAGAUUUGCAGGACAGCAGGGACCGGGCAGGAGUGGCCGAAGGCAAAGCACCCCUGGGAGAUGGUGGAGCAGCCCCAAAGGCUUGGCCGGAACCAGGAGCGGGGCUGGGCUGGUCUCCGCGGGGUGAGUGAGUGCUCCCUGCCCCUGCAUGGUGGCUCCGGCCCCGCCACCCGGGAGGCAACCAAGCCCAGCGUCAGAGCAGCGGAGGAGGCAAGCUGCCAGGGAGGCCGGCCCCAGCCCCACCGCAUGGACUCGGAAGAGCUGCUGUGGGAUGUGGUGGGCAGGGACCGCUCCCUGGCCAGCAUCCUGGCCCCCUCGGCCCCCCUUGUCACCGCCACCGAGGUGGUGGGUGAGCUGCUGGUCGCAGGGGAGCGGCAGGCCUGGCGGGAGCGUUUCCAGCAGGACUGGCGCCUGGAGGCCCUGGCGCAGGACAGGCAGGGCUUUGAGCCCAUCUCACCGCCUCCCGGGAGCACUACCAGCUCCACCGCCUACCCCGCGUAUUACGGUGCGGCAGCAGGCACAGCUGAGCCUCUUGGUAAGGUGAAGGAGCUGCCAGAGGUGGUGGAGGGGAGCUCAGAGGAUGAGGAGGAAGAGGUGGACCGCGAGCUGGUGGAGAAGAAGCUGCAGCUGAUUGAGAGCCUGAGCCGCAAGCUGGCCGUUCUGCAGGAGGCACAGCGGGGGUUGCAGGAGGACAUCAGUGCCAAUGGGGCGCUGGGUGAGGAUGUGGCUGCCCGCCUGCAAACCCUGUGCACCCCAGGAGAGUUUGAGAAGUACCGCCUCUUUGUGGGUGACCUGGACAAGGUGGUCAACCUCCUGCUCUCCCUCUCCGGGAGACUGGCCCGGGUGGAGACUGCCUUGGGCCGCUUGGGGCCCCAUGCCCCCGCUGAGGACAAGGUGGCCCUGCGGGAGAAGCAGCGGCUGCUGGUGGCACAGCUGGAAGAUGCCAAGGAGCUGAAGGAGCAUGUGGGGCGGCGGGAGGAGGCAGUGGGUGCCAUGGUGGCACGAUACCUGCCUGCUGAGCACCUCCAGGACUACCAGCACUUCAUCAAGAUGAAGUCAGCCCUCAUCGCUGAGCAGCGGGAGCUGGAGGAGAAGAUCAAGCUGGGCCAGGAGCAGCUCCUCUGCCUGCGUGAGAGCCUUGGCCAGGCCCCCAAGGACUGCUAGCCCCCUGCCCAGCAUCCCCUGGGACCCUGGCUGUGGCCCCAGCUUGCUGCCAAAGCCAAUCCAACCCCUUGGGUCUCUCCCUGCAUCCGUCCGACUGUGCAGCCCCUGCCUUUUAUUUAUUUUUCCAGUUUACUGAGCAGGGGAGGGGAUGCCAGUCCAGGUGCUGGGGGCGGGGCUGUGCCACAGACCUGCCCUGGGCUCUAGAGCCACCCAGCACCCUGCGGCCCAGCAGGACCAGACGGAUAGAUCCUGCCCCCCCGCCCCCCUGAUGAGUCUUUCUGUGCCUGUGGAGGUCCCUCCAUGUCCUGGACACCAGUGCCUGUCCUGCAGGUGGUGCUGCACUACAUGCCUUAAACAACCCCCCCUCAGCUGCCCCAGGGCAUCCCCACACAGUGCCUGGAAGGGUUAAACCAUCCUCACUCUCCAUCAUGUCUGUUUGUCCAGCUCUGUCCAUCUGUCCAGUGGGAGCUGGAGGAAUUUCACCCCCAGCAUCCUCUUCCUCUCCAUUGUGUCUGAAACAAUGGCCCUGGCCAGCGGGUCCUUAACCCAUUCCCUGCUGUCCUGAGGCACUGCAGGGGUCCAAGGUGGGUGCUGUGCACCCCUCGCCCAGGGGACACUUUGGUGGGUGCCCCUGGGAUGGUGCUUUGCCAGUGGAUGGGGUGCUGGGAGCAGUAGACCGUGGGCUGCCAGUACCCACUGCCACCAGUGCUGUGGGCACGGGGAUCACCCGGCGUCAUCCAGGCCUUGCUUUCAGCCUCUGUUGUGGCACCAGGAGGGAUUAAUAGAGGGGAAAAAAACCCAGGAUGAAAUGAAUGGGGCACCUGUCCCCCUUCUCUGUGCUGCAGCAGCCCUAAGUAGCACUUAACCUCACUGUGGGUCACCUUGCUGCCCCGCUGCUGUCCAUCUGCCCACAGGACAGGCAGGUGCCUCAAUGCUGAUUUUGCACAGGGGUUUCAUGCAACUGACAGCAGCUUGGGGCCAGGGGUGAGGGUGGGGAGCGUUUUGGGGAGGCAGGGUGGGCCCCAGCCCCUUUGGGACUGGCCACAGCCAGGCAGCCGAGCCCCAGGGUGCAGGUAGUGCCUGUGCCUGCCCACUUAGCACUGCCGCAGCCCCCUGCAUGGAUGCUCCCCUGCCCCCCCCCGCCCCCAGCUGGUUGAACACUACACCCCACCCCCCUAGUCCUACCCUGGGAUGGUGCCGGGCAGGACUGGGGGCCCCUGCAUUCCCCCUGUCAUGGCUGCCCCCAUUCCUGCCUGGGGACACUGCUAGGACCAAAGGCUGCACCAAUUAGGAGCUGGGGACAUGCUGCUCUCAGGGGGGCUGGCUGCUCUCAGGGGGGCUGGCAGCCCUCAGCAGGUCUCUGCACCAGGGGUGCGUGCUAGUGCCUGUGCCUUGCCAUGUGUAGUUGUGCCUCUCUCACACUAAAGGAGCAGCAGCUGCUGCACAACUAUCCAA